AUGGGAUCAACCAAAGAUCGUACCGUCGCGUUUGCGUUCGACAUUGAUGGUGUUCUUAUGAAGGGAAAGAAGCCAGUCCCAGGAGCUCGCGAGACAAUGCAAUUGUUGCAAAAGCUCAAAAUCCCCUUUAUCUUUCUUACCAACGGCGGUGGACACACCGAGGAAGCGCAUGUUGCCCAGCUAGGCCAGCGCCUCAGUCUCACCUUUGAUGAGAAGCAAUUCGUCCAGUCUCACACGCCAUUCCGCGACCUCGUCCCCGUGUACAAAGAGAAGACAGUUCUCGUUCUCGGCGGCCACGGUCAGCAGAUUCGCAACCUAGCUCAUGCCUACGGCUUUGAGAAAGUCGUCACAUCUUCAGAUGUAUUUGUGGAAUUUGAGCACAUCCAUCCCUUCUCUGAGUUGACAAAGGCGCAUCACGAGGAGCAUGGUCGCGUUGGUGGAAGUGUUAUCAGCAAGGACGACGGCACCAUGGUUAAGGGCACUGGUGAGAAGAAGCUAUCGCUCAAAACGACUCCGAUCUCAGCCAUCCUGGUAUGGACAUCGCCUCGCGACUGGUGUCUAGACUUGCAAAUUGUCAACGACUUAUUACUUUCCUCGGGUGGACUAUUCGGCACGCGAUCUGCCAAGAACGGCGACGAGACACUCCCGAACUGCGGAUUCCUUCAGGACGGGCAGCCGCCGGUUUUCUUCUGCAACCCGGACUUUGAGUGGAGCACCUCUUAUGACCACCCGCGUUUCGCGCAGGGAGCAUUCCGAGAAGCUCUCAGAGGCAUAUGGCGCCGAACUACGAGAGACCGGGCGGAGCUCCAGUACAGCAUGGUGGGAAAGCCUACCGAGGACACAUAUCGAUACGCGGAAAGGGUGCUUGUGGAGUAUUGUGGAGAAGGAGUGGAGGAUGGGAAGAAGAUCGACACGGUGUAUAUGAUUGGAGACAACCCUGAGAGCGAUAUCGUGGGUGCGAACUCGUUCCAAUCGCCGCGAGGUAUUGAGUGGAAGAGUGUCCUAGUCCACACCGGCGUCUAUGUUCCGGGAACCGUUCCUGUGCAUGAGCCGCAUUAUUCCGUGGCCGAUGUCAAGGAAGCCGUGGAGUCUACGCUGAAGAACGAGGGCGUUAGCACGGAUUCGUUCUGUCUAUAA